AUGGCUAUGGCAGCAAGAGGACGUACUUCUAAACUACCACCAGAGGUGAACCGAAUUCUGUACAUCAAAAAUCUGCCGUACAAAAUAACGUCUAGUGAAAUGUAUGAAAUUUUUGGCAAAUUUGGAGCGAUUCGACAAAUACGAGUAGGAUCAACGAAUGAAACAAGGGGAACCGCAUUUGUCGUUUACGAGGAUAUCUACGACGCAAAAAAUGCCUGUGAGCAUAUGAGUGGUUUCAACGUCUCUAACAGAUAUUUGGUUGUUUUGUAUUAUCAAGCUACGAAGGCAUACAAAAGAAUGGACACAGAAAAGGCGAAAGAGCGCCUUGAAGAGGUCAAGGAGCGCUACGGCAUUGGAGGUGAUCUCUCUAAACAGAAAACAGGCUUCACUCCAACCCCUCGACGGUAG